AUGGUAACAAGUUCGUUAGAAGCGAUUAUUCUAACAGUUUUUAUUGCUUGCUCAAGCGCAGCGAAGCUAAACAAGGCUUAUCUGCCACCAAACUAUGCCCAGACAUCGGGGGGUUCGAGCGACUUUCUUCAACCGCCUAUUUCAAGUAGUACUACGUCUAAUUUAAAUGGAUUCUCCAGCCAUAUAAAUGAUGCUUUCCCUAAUAAAGAUCUCCUUGCACAGAACGAGUACAACCGAGACGGUAACGGUUUUGUCAAAAAUGGUAAUAGCUUUCUACAUAAUCAAAUAAAUGCCUUUGAAAAUUAUGAAACCCGCUCUGAACGUCCCCGUGCUGCUUUAGAAAGGAACGCGGAAAUUCUUCGACAGUUCAAUAAUAAUGAUGGACUAACCUACUCAUAUGCUUUUGAAACUGAAAAUGGUAUAUACGCAGAAGAAAAUGGUGUAGCUACAAAUGGUGUCGAAGCGCAAGGCAGUUAUUCCUACACCGGUGAAGACGGACAAGUAUAUAGCGUCAGAUAUACAGCUGGCCAGAACGGUUUUGUACCGGAAGGUGACCACCUCCCUACAUCUCCUCCUAUUCCAGAGGAGAUUUUAUUGGCUCUAGAACAAAACGCCCGUGAUGAGGCUGCAGGAAUUUACGAUGAUGGGUCCUACGAUGAAUUCAAGUAUUCCAAUGGAGGCAGCAAAUACGAUACACCAGUUUUUGGCAACAGUAAUACAAACGGAAACAACGUCAACAAAAUAAAUGACGAUGACGCGAUUGUAAUUAAUUCUGCUUUUAAUCCUGAAGUAUUCAGUCGGCAGGGAGCCGGAGUAAGAAAUGCAAAUAACCUUAGAAACCCAAGUCAGGGAAUCGACGAUGGUGUUACUAAAGCCUAUUUGCCACCUAUAUCCAAAGAGAGGGUUUCAGGAAACCAAAACGAAGAAGCUCGGUUUGGUAGCAGGAACCGCCAGUCAAGCUUUACCUCUAGAAACGGUUACAACUAUUAG